AGCCCCAGAGUUAUAUUUAUUUUUUGCAGAUUUCGCUUCCUUCCCUCUGGAUUUUGGACUCACUCGCUUGUUCCCUCGUCGUUCUUUUUUCGAGCCCCCCCUUUGUUUUUCCCUUGUUUUUGUUGCCGCGUUGUUGUUAGUUGAGGUGAUAUAACCAGUGAUCCCCCCGUUUCAAAUGAAUGUCGCGAGGUGCGGAAUUGUUGUUUCAUCGGUUUCCGAUGUCCCUAUAAGUGUGAUAAAAUAUCGAUUUUAGUCAAUUUAUUUAAAUGCGCGUUUUUUUACGAGUACCGAUAUGAAUUUAGUAACGAACUGGCCAGUGUGUGAAGCUCUUGGGAUCUUGGUUUCAUAAUUCUCCAGAAGCUCUGGGAAGCUCGGGUGUUGGCUGGACUUCGGCGGGUGUGGCGGGUGGUGCGCUCGGAGGGCCCUUCACGCGAUAACCGUGGAUACCUUGGCUUGGAGCUCGUACGGGAAAAGAGUUCGGGAGCAGGUGAAAGUAAGCGGGGUGCCCCUAGGCGGCGGCUCGGCGGCUUCGCGACAGGCCCCGGUGGCGGCCCCGCUGCAGGCCCCUUGCCCCCCGGCCCCACCAGCGGCGAGCCAGCCGGUGAAGAAGCAGCGGCUCGACCACGCGGCCAACGCCCACCCCACCGCGGUCAUGAACGUCAACGUCCAGGUCGACCCCGCCGACAACAUCUGCAGGGAGGUCGCGCUCUGCCAGAGCAUGGACUCCAUCGCCAACUCCCAAGGAGAGGAAGAGGUCCGAACGUUAUUUGUUAGCGGUUUGCCGAUGGACGCAAAGCCCAGAGAGCUUUACCUGCUUUUUCGGGCGUACGAAGGAUAUGAAGGUUCUCUGCUCAAAGUAACUAGUAAAAAUGGAAAAACAGCAUCGCCUGUUGGGUUUGUCACAUUUCACACACGUGCCGGCGCGGAAGCUGCCAAACAAGAUUUACAGCAAGGAGUACGGUUUGACCCAGACAUGCCGCAGACGAUCCGUCUGGAAUUCGCGAAGAGUAACACGAAGGUUAGCAAGCCCAAACAAUCAGCCGCCACUAGUCUCUCCAACUCGCACGCAGCUCUCAUGCACCCUCUCACUGGACAUCUCGGAACCCCGUUUUUCCCGGCCGGAACGCCGGAACUGUGGCCCCACCCUCUGGCGUACGCUGCACCGGCCGAGCUGCCCGGGGCGGCCCUCCAACACGCCACCCUCGUCCACCCUGCGCUUCACCCCCAAGUUCCACAUCACAUGUCCAUGCCGCAUCACCCAACCGCAGCUCUCACAGCUAUGCACACCUCGCUGCCUCAUUUCUUGCCAUCGCCCACCCUAGCCUCCCCAGUGGGAUCCUCAUCAAGCUCUCAACCUGGAGUGACUGUUAGUGCAGCGCCGUGUUCAACAUUGUUCGUGGCCAAUCUACCCCAGUACAUGUCUGAAUAUGAGCUUAAAGAAAUUAUAAACAGGGAACAAUCAGGAACGAAGAAACUGGACAAUCUUAAUCACUACACACUUGCGCACUCUCAGAUAAACUCUACUUGACACAAUACCCAUCUCGUUAUCCAUGUUGCUUGUUAAAGCUGGGAGAUUUGUUCUAUAUCAUACAAAUCAUUUGAGUGAUGUUUAUAAAAUUGCAGUUUGUAUAUUUCGUUUUCUGAAGAAGGGAUCACAUUUUUAAAUACUUGACUAAAACUUACGAAUAGUUUUAGUUUAAUUUUUACAUGAACUUGUUAUUGAACUUAAUUUUUUUUCUUUUUUCAUUGAAGCGCAGUCGUACAAUCCUCCCCUUCAAAAUCCCACACCAUUACUUAAACCUAUGAAUCUCCAACAUUCAUUUAUCGUAUUUAUCUGAUUCAUUUUGAGCUGUACUUUAUUUAUACUAAAAUUUUAUUUCUUCGGGUUAUCCGUCAUGGGCGCCUCAGAACACUGGACAAGUUUUCAAAACUCCUAAUUAAUAGUUUGGCGAUGGAAGUCACUCCUUAAACUACACAAAAAUAAAAAUGCAUCAUAAUUGAUGAAAUUAUUUACCCCUGCAGAACGUGCAGCCAGUGUACAAGAUUCAUGUUUUAAAUACUGUGUUUUAUUUUCUAUGUUUUUAUUUUGUGCAUGUUCAACAUCACAUGUGAAUUUAUCUGAAAAUUAUAUUUUCUUUUGUACGAUGUAAAAUGCUCAAAUUGUGAAGGACAGAAACCGAAGAUCAUCAUAGAUUGUCAAGUUCAAAAGUGUUUCUACACAAAGAUUGUGGUAGAAAUCAUGUCCAUCUCUUGAUGCUUGGCAAAUUAAUUGUAUGUUGUUAUGUUCCUUUCAACUGAAAGAGUGUGCGUUUUCUGUCAACUUUUUUUCUAAAAGAAAGAAAAGAAAAAUUAUCGGUGGGAAGGGAUGAUAUUUUAUACUCCAGCUAUUUUUAUCUCUUACUUUUUGAUUGAUAGAAGAGUUACAAAAUGUAUGCAACACAAUGAAAGACAUUUAUCCUUCUUUGACUUUUUAACUGAACUCAUAAAUCAGCUGAAACAAGUGUACUGAAGUUUUGAAAAGAAAAAUCUUAAGUUGCGCAGGCACCUUGGGGCAUUCAAGUUUGAAGUAACAUUCUCAUGGGAAGCACGAUUAAUUCCGCAUCACCUACAUUGCGUAAAAGGAGCAAUUAAACUUCAUAAAACUACAUGCUUUUGGGGAGAAAAAUAUUUUGGGCAACUUACUUUAUGUUGAAAGCCUGAUGAAAACUGUCGGUAAAGAAGCUCUGGCCAGGAAAACGUUUUAUAAAAAAGGGAUGGUGAGUCGUUGGAAAUCUGAAAUAUUGUUAAAUUGUGCUUGAAUGCUUCGCUAAACAAACUUAUAUGUAAUCAAUACCUUGUUAAAAUACUUUUUUAGCUGAUUUGGAACAAAAAUGUCAUGAAUGUGCCUUAGACCGCUAAGUUUCUAUCACCAGAAAUUGAAAACGCCUCUACAGAGGGCCCUUGUUGCCACCGUGUUUUUUAUAAUUUUUGAUCCAUCACACACAGAAUUAGAAGGAACAUUUUUUUAAAAAAAAGAUUCGGAUGAAGCAAAAUAAUGGAGAAUGGUAAUUUUUUCAGAAAUUGCAAAACUAGUCAGGUUUCGAAGAUGCGACUCAUCGAAAAGUCUUAAAGUUCAAGGAGGAUGGAUGAAAAAAGGGUAUGAAAAUGAAACUAGUAAAUAACAAUAUGAAGGCUUGGUUAUCCAAAACCAUAUAGCUUGGUUACAAGCCAGGCUUAGUCAUCCACAAUAACCGAACGGUGUAAGUCCUGGAUAGUACCUGUGCUCUAAUGAUAUUCAUCAUGCCCGGUUUUUAAAGUUUAUAAUUUAUCUGCUUGUGUUAUGCUUAUUUGUUUUACUACAGCCACAAAAAUCUCGGAUGAAGCUGUGGCCUUUUUUUGUUAAAUUUUACAUUCAUCCUUAAAAAUCUUUACUUACCAGAGAGUCUUAACAUUCAGUAUAAUUUUUCCUACCCCUCGUACAAUUACCCUUAGAGCUGCUGAGAAAAUUUGUCAUCAUAAACCAAAGAUAGUAUUACUUUCUGAUACCAAUAUGUCCUCAAAGAUAAACCCUAGAAAAGUUACUAAACAAUUUUUAGUCCUAUUUUUUUAAUGUAUUAAUGUAUUAGUUUAACCCACUUAUUAAUUUUUUAGUUCAUAAUGCUAGUCAUUCUUAUUCUUGCAUAAUUCUUGUAAUUUCAGUAAUUUAUUUUUUUAUAACUUACUGUCGAUAACUUAUUUUUUUAUUUUAUUCAUUUCCUCCGUUUGAAUUUUCCCCCAAGCUCGAAUCACCCAAUUUUCCUCUCCUUCGAAAGCAAGUAAGCAAUAUUACAUUCUUAGAUCUUUCUCAAUUAUCUAACCGCAGUAAUAUAGUUAAGCGUUGAUAAGGAUCGGUUUAACAGAUGAAAAAAAAAAAGAAGAAAAAAACAAGUUAAUACUCAUGUGACUUUUUUUUGUAAGGGAAUCCUCCCUUUCAAGCCUAUGGAAUUAUUCCGGAGUAACAUAUCAUAUCAAAUCAUAUCAAAGCCAUAAAGUGCUUUUAAUUUGUUGAUUCAAGGAAAUUUGUUGAGUUAUUGGAUUUCUUUUAAGUAAAUAAGAGUAGAUUAAUUAUGUAACGUAUGAGCUAUUGAUUUAUUACCUUCAUUCAUGCUGUGUAAUUUGUACAUUAUUGUAAACCGUUAAAAGAUCUAUCUAAAAUUUUAAGAAAUAGUAUUAUUAUGUAUAUGUUUAUCGUGGUAGGCUUAGCUUAAUUCUGUGACGCAUUCGGUCUGACUGAUUGUGAGCUCAUCAUGUGAUUUGUAUCCACUUUUGAUUCAGAAUUUUAACAUAGUGUAAUUAAUUGUCGAUUAUUCACUCAAGUUCUUUUUUGAAGAUACAAAAUACAUCUCGAGCUCAACUAAACUUCUACACAUUUUUCAAUUGGUUUCUUGUCUACCAGUUUUUUUCCGUAACCAUGUAGUUUUAAUCCGUUUAUUUAGGCUUGGUGUAAAAACUGAACUCUGUAUAAGCCCGUCUAUUCAUUAUCUCUAAUUAGCUUGGCUUGGCAUUGUAAAUAUUUGUGUAUAUUCUCUUGUUUUUUUUCUUUUUUUAGCUAAAUAUGUGUUACUAUAUUGUUAACAAUAUUUUCUACUGAUUUUAAUCAAAGGCUGAUAACCCGUCUCUUAAAAUAUUUCAACUGGGAAUUCUACCCGAAAAGUUUCAAGCGAUCUCUUGGCAGGCUCCAAAAAUGUUGGUGGUUUUAUAAAGUCAAACUCGUCAGUUUCCUCAUUCCUUUUCAGUUUUAUAAAAAUUCAAUUAUUUUUUUUUAAAUUGAAUUUAGGAAUUUCAGUCACAACAGUGAAUUGAGAGACAUAAUAAUUUUCACUGCACACUUUUUAGCUCUUGCUAGAGUCAGAGCAUGUAGGAUUGCAAGUGAAAUAAUUUCACUUAUAACGUUUCAAGAUUUAAAAAGGGUAGAUUUGCCUCGGACUCUGGCCCACUUUCACAUGAAUUACAAUUAAGUCGUUUGGAUGAUGUGCGGCAGCCAGAAAGUGUCUAAUUUUUUUAAAGUUUUGAAACAUCACAAGGGACUUUCUUUCCCUUUUUAAAAUAUGUUCGUAGAAACCUGUUCGGUUUCUUUACUCUGUACCUUAUAAUUUGGAAGAAAUCAUACGCAUCCAUAUAAUGUUUAAAAUUUGGUCCCGAUCAUACUCUUUUUUAACUAGAUGAUUCCUCAAUGAAAUAGAUCAGUGGCCAAGAAGCUCAUAGUCUUCUGUUUCAUCACAAAAUAUUGAUCUGAAAUUCCUGAAAGAGGAUAACUGUCCCACUCCUAAACAAAAACCCUCCCUGCCUUCCUUCAUUUUCCUCCAGGAUCCUACUCAUGAUCCCGGUGGAAUUUUCUGAUCCAGUAUCUGAAGAAUGGGGAAAUUAACAGUUUGACUCUUAUGAAGUGUUGAUGACGGAAGAUUAGAUCUAGUAUCCAAUGAGCUUUUACAAGCAUACGAAUGAGAAUUUCUUUCCCACUACUUUAACCAUUCAGCUUCAGUCUUAAUGUCAUCAUUUUGUUGUGUAUAGCUAAAAUUUUAGACAUAAUUAAUUAACGUGUAAGUAGUUAAUUGGUAUUGCAAGUAUGAAACAUUACUUGUGUGGGAAUAUUUAAGAAUAUCCUUGAAUUUUAGAUUCAUACUGAUUAAUGAUUUGAAUUCCUAAUCUUGCUACUGUUUCCUCAUCGAUCUCUCCCUGUAAUGCAGCAAUAAGUGUGCGAAAUACAUUCAAGUGCACUCAUUUUUACAAUCAACUGAGUCAAUUGAGAAAUGCAUAAAAUUUGUUCCAAUGUAUUCUAUCUGCCUAUUUGCGAAUGGUAUAUUUUUCAACAUACUCUACUCGCUGGAUUAUGUAUGUUCACAUUGUAGGAAUGAGGAUUCUGCCGAAUUGGAACUGAACAGCGCCUAUUUUCAGCAACUCACCUUCGAGAAAAUUAAUCUAAUCUUUUUGCGUUUUGCAAACAGGAAUUCAUAAUCAUUAAUUUUGUAUCGUUUAAUUGAAGAGAUAAGUAUCGAAAUACCGCUUUUCCUUCUUCUUUGGAUCUUUCUAUAAAAAUUGCCAUCUUAGCACAUCUCUUGAACCCUGUAAUAUUUUUACAAUAGGUGUGAAUUUUUCCUAUUCCUUGGUCCCAAAGAAUGCUGAUGAACCACAAAAUAUGUUCCCAUGAUAAUUUUUAAACAAGGAAUUGCGAUAAAGUUUCAAUGACCUGAUUGAAAAAAUGAUCUUGUAAAAUUCUCUGUUCUUUAUUAUCAAAUAAUCAAUCCAUCAGUGUAAUUUUUGCAGAUUAUCUUUGCACCUAGUAUCAAAGGGUAUGACCACUUUAAAAAUUGCAAUUUUAAUGAAACUUUUUUUUUAAUGAAGAGGUCUUGAUUUAUUGAAGUAAUGUUGCCCUUUGAUUGCCACUUCAUUGCGAUAAAAUCACUAGGAUCAUCUACACUUUUAUAGAAAUUUCACUCAAUUUUAUCUCAAUUUAUUUUGUGUUUUUCGGCGAUUUAUUCAUCAAUUGUAGGUAUCACGGAAAAUCAGCAUUGAUAACAUAACAAUUUCAUCACAUUAAAUUGCUUUCAAUCGUAAUUCUUGGUUCUGACAAUAUUGGAAUGAAUAACCGUUGAUAAAAUUGCAAUGACCUACCAAUUUCAUUGCAACUGGAUUCUUUAAAUUUUAGUCCUUUUUUCGCUGUCGUAUCUUGAAAAAACCCCUUGUGCAAGCUCACCCCAAGACGUUUCUCAGAGCAGAUCGCAGAUGACAAUCAUUCAUGUGAGCAGUCCUUGAGUUCACAGGUAGCCAUUUGUAUGGUGUGAAACGAGACUCAAGUUUUAACAGUAAAAGCUACCUUUGAAAAUACCUGUUCAUCGAUUUUGAUAUUUAUCUCUUCCUAAAUCCGUCCAUUCAUUUUAACCUUAGAUAGCGUCUAUACCCAUUUUAGGCAGUUCAACCAUUUCUGUAUCAUAAUGAUCGUAAUCCUAAACCUUCGUUGUUAAUUUAUCCGUUUCUUUUUUGUCUUUGUUAAAUAUUUAGGUAGGUAAUCAGUAAUACAAUGUAUUGCAUACGGAUCCAUUCCCUCAGUUUGUACUAAUAUUUAAUUUUCUGUUCGUAUUUUUUUGUGAUAUUUUUUUUUCUUCCUUGAGAAGUAGAGCCUUCAAAGUGUUGUAAACCUCCAAUCCUAAAAGUCCCACAAAAUGUACCUACAUUACAUCAUUGCCCAUGAGAAGAGAUAAGUUGUGGAUUCCUUGAGUUACGUUGCUGAUAAACAGCGGUCACCACUCACAAGUUUUUUUAGGAUAGUGAAUGGCCCUUGUUCCUCAUUAGGGCACAUUUUGAGACAUUUCUACUAUCUGAUGCUAAAAUUGAUAAAAUAUCAAGGCUUGUCACAGCCUCUCUCUCCUGGUAGGAAAUGAUAAUAGCUGCUAGAAAGAAAGUAGGUAAAAGCUCUUGCCUUUAUGUGGGAAAUCAUAACGGAUUGAAAUUUUUCAGUAUCGCUCACAUAGCUAACACAUGAUUCCGCAGCUAAUUGUUGAUCUCUUGCUUUAUGAUUUCAGUAUCCGCUUGAGUGUUCAGAAUUGAAGUGUUUUAGAAAAAUGUAUAUCACUAAAAUGUUUAAAAUCGAUAGAAUGAUCUUGUUGGGAGGUGAAAAUGCUGACUGUUGGUACUUUAUUUAUGAAUUUUAAGGUACUGACAAACUGCUCCCUUCCACCUUGCAUAAAGCAUGAGAGCUUUCUAGUUUCCGUUAGUCACUGUGAUAUUUUUUACGAUUUGGGCUCGAAAAUUUCAUUCUCUAAUUUUGAGUAAAAACAACUACAUUCCUCCAAGAGUCAAUAAAUCUGUUUCACUCAGUAAUUAAUUGAUAAUCAUCAUUUUAAAGGGCUCCGGUCACUUUUGGAUGUUUUUAAAAAUGCUAAAUUACCUAACGUUUGUAUCUGAUAAAAAUGUGUGACUUGUUGGUUCUACCGCGCUUCUUUUCAAAGAUUUUUUUUUUUUUUUUUUUUUAACAUCCGCUGUUCAUUUUCAUAAUUUCGUUUCAUGCAUACUCCUCCUCAGUCAUGCUUUUGUUGAAAGAAUCAUUUGUUUCAACUUCAGUGCUCACAGAUCAGCAACAGAGACAUUGCGGAUUUAGGAAUCAUCAACAUGAAUUUUAAAAAGUAAGACCAAAUGGUAUUUUUAUGGGCCUCCAAUUUCAUUGAAAGUUAGAUCUUUAGUUUUGUGAUCUCAUGAGGGUUUGUUAACCACUUUUAUUUUCAAAAAUCAUUCCUUAACGUUCCCUGUAUGAAGACAUUUGUUUUCCAAAUUGUUUUUUUAUUUUCACAUUUUUCAUAAUCAUUAUUCAAAAUAAAAAAUAAUUCGUUCUUGUGAAGAUAUUGACGUAUGUGGGUACUUAUUACUAAUUCUGGCGUAGAUAUUUUGUUCAAUACUUAAACCUGUAAAUUUCAUGUCUUGAAAAAUUGAUUAUUUUUAAGUGAGCGCCAUCAAGUAAAAUGAACCUUGAUUCUAUUUUCAUCAUUAAGUGUGCCGCUUUAUGAGUGUAAAAUGUUUGUAAAUGUUGCGCAUUGCAAAAUUUCUGAUGACUUAGUUUGCUAACUAAUUCAUCUAAGUUUUGAUAUUUUUAAGUGAGAUUAAAUUAUAGAAUGGUUGAAUAUUAUGGAGGUGUGUAAAUGGUUUUGCUUUUUAGCUCCCCAGAGAUAAUGGAAAAUGUCUCUCCAAGUAUGAAGAUGCUCUAGAGAGUAAUGACAGGAUGGAGUAUUCAAAAAUCCCUCCAGCAGCACCAUUCCUUUUUCCAAUUUUACUUUUUGGAUGCAUCAUCAUGAUUCCUCCUCUCAGAGCAAAAUCCACGUUUAUUUGUGUCUGUCUUGAUGUAAAUUUUUCCCUACUUCUUGCCUUAGUUUGUUGUCGUUAAUUUGUACGUGAGAGGUACAUUGUGUUACCAGUUAGUAAGCCCAGUUUGUACAGAGUUUUAUUUGAUGUAGAAGAGUGUUUACUGAAUGCAGCUAUUGAACAUACUGUUUUCUGAGGAUAUUCUAAAACUUUUUUUCUUUUCUUUUACUUAGCUGUAUUAUUGAUUAAUACAUUGAAACGCAUGUAUGAUUUUAAUUUGUUGAUAUUCUACUCGGCGUGAGAAUUUGUCUCAAGAGCUGAUUAAUUAAGAAUGGAAAUUUCAAAAUUAUGACUUCAAUCUACUGUUUGGAUCUUCAGUGAUUGUAUUUAAAGCUGAAUUAGCGCUAUCCCCAAAAUCUAAGCAUCCGCUUAAAAUUUUUCGAAAUGGGCUUGUUUUGUAAAGAAACCGGUCUGAAAGAAUGAAAAUCACUUUUUGAUGCACUUUUUAUACAAAACUAUUUUAGAUAGCCCUGUAAAAAGGCAUCAGACAGCCUGGCUCAUACAAUUUUUAAUCACUAGUUUUAAUAUUACCCUUUAAAUCAGUCAAAAGUUUAUUCAAUAUCAAAAUUUUGAUACGGAAGAAUAGAAAAAAAAAUGGACAUCACAUGGAACAACACAUUUACAUGAAAGUCCUCCAACACAUAGAGUCGAUUGUUUCUUCUCUUAAAACUGUACCAUUUGCCUGAACUUGUUUUUUCUUUCAAUUUUGAAUUUCAUUUUUGUCAAUUACUGGAAAAAAAAAGCGCCUGAAUUUACAUCCAAUUAUUAUGGAAAUGUGAUACAUUUAAAUUUUACAGCUCACUUUUUUAUAUUCUGUCUAAAUCAUUUGAUAAAUUAUAUUUGAAACUUUUCAUAUUGACACUUAAUGUUCAAAAUAUUUGAACCGCAAAUUAAAAAUUAUUCGGGAAAAUAUAAGAAAUUACAUAAAGCUAGUUUAAACUAGUCUUUGAAUAUUAUGCCGAGAAUCACGAGUAUGCAUUUUCAUGUUGAAAUGUGAUUUAGCUUUUACAAUAUACAUUCCAAUUUAGUUAAAAAGUGUUUAUGAUGUAUGUGUAUGUUUUGUAAGGAAGAUGAAUGGGCCACUAGAAGUCAAAAACCACAAUAUAUGUUGCUCAAUCCAAAUUUUGUGUUGAAUACAAUGAAUGCAUUAAGACUUUCCAAAUUACAUCAUAAGUUAGAAAAUAAUGGGUUCGAUCUUCGUUAACUCACACUUUCCGCUCACAGAAAAACUGGAGUCUUCUCUCAUCGAAUUGGGUACCUACAGAAGUAAUUUCUGUUUUUUUUUUAUGAUGGGAUAGUUAUCCUUCGCACUAAAUUCCAUCGGAAUAGAUCAGAUUUGAAUCAGAAUCAGAUUUGUGUGUGGAACCAUGAUGUAGUUAUUUGUCUAACGUAUAUGUUGAUUUCAGUGACUAAUUUGACUUAUGCUGAUAAUGGUUUUUUUGCAAGUGGAAAGUUUGAAUUUAUUGCUUACAGUGUAAGCUAUGAACGUUUGUUUCUCAUUUACGAGUUGAUUUUGAAAGUUUUCAAUGAGGUAAAUUUGUUUUGCAUGAAACUUUGAUGAGAAAACAUGGACUGUAAGGCUUAAUUUCUUCCCUGUUCAGUGGUCCAUUCACUCAGAUAUUUUGUGAAUGCGGUGUCUAUUCGGUUGCUGUCAAAGACUUUGUAGAUAAUUCUUUAUUUUCAUUGGCAGCUUUAUGAAUUCUUCAGAUUUCCCAAUGCCGUUCAAUAUUUUGUGCAAAGUUUAUUGAAAUAUUUUUGCCUCUCUCUCUUUAUAAGCUUAGCGAAUCUACGAUACAUAUCAUUACAUGUGCCCCGUUUUCUUGAGGAACAAUUUUAUUACAAAUAACUAAAAUCUAUUCUAUUUAUGUAGAAAUUCUUUUCUUUUCCUUCUUUCUUUUUUACCAUAGCAUAAGCCAUGCUAAUAAGUAGUGUUGCAAUAAUGUAAUAUUUUACUUGUUCUACGAUACAUUUUGAAAGAAAUGUCUGUACAUAUUUAUACAUUACACAGCAUAUGAAUAGGUACAAUAAAUUGAACGAGGAGAGGUCGAAAAAAAAUUAUUGUGUUUAAUGAUUUACGACGUGAGGUCUCAAAUUAUGGUGUGUAACCUUAAUCUGUACAUUCGACAUCCUUCGUUUAGACUAAAGUACAUAAAUAAUUUGUUUAUUUACUGUUCUCUGUUGCUAUUUAAUUUCUUUCUCCCUUUUUAAAUUGUUUUUUUUCAAUUUGUCAAAUACUGGGAAAGUAUUAUUUGAAUAUUCUUCAAGGUGUUAAAAAACUUUUCGUGUAGUAGAGAUAUGCCUUUUACAACACGAAAAUGUUUUGAACAAAGAAAUUCAUUCAAUCAGUUUUGUGUUUUGGUUUGGUCCGUAAUCUACUUUUUAGUGCACUAAUAUUCAUGAUUUGUUUUAAAUUUUGCCUCAGAGGUGGAUAAAUUUGACCAGUGGUAAUUUAAUAGCAUAGCUAAAUUAAUAUCUGAUGCCAGGAGAAGCAAAUCGGAAAUGUGGCGAUUCUUUCAAUUCUGUGACUAGGUUUUCCCUCUAUCAAAGAUGAAACUCGAUUCUAAGCAACGCCUCAAUAAAUUUUAAUUAUUUUACAUCAUUUAGAUGGUCAUUUGCCAAUAAACUGCAGGUGCUUGAAUUAAAACCCUCAAUAUGUAGUCCAGCAAAAAUGAGAAUUCAAGCUGAUUCCUUGAAAAAUUAAAAAAUCAUGAAACUAACAUUUGAUCAUGGUGUCUGAAUAAGAUAGGAAUAAAUAAUCAAACUAUCUUUCAAAUCAUUACUGCAGAAAUUUUUUUUUGUCCAACUACUUUGUUUUCCUUUUGACAAAAUUUUUCCUUCUAGACACAAUACGUCUGUCAUUUCGAAUUAAACAAAAAACUGAGGAAGUAAGAAUGAAUCGGAUUUUGUAUCAAACUUUUUGGAAAAAGCACAGCUUCUCAAAUGGGUACAUAUGUUUUUAGCAGCAUACAGGAUUAAUUUGGCUGUGUACAUUGCGCUUUCAGCUGAGCAAAUUUUAAAAAAGCUACUACACUGGUUUGCCCUCAGAGAAUUCUCCAGUCUCCUCAUCAAAGAAUAUGAUGCAAUCCAAGAAAUCAUGGAGGGUCAAGUUUAUCCACGCUUCUCUUUACUUUCCUGAUGUUUUUCUCUCAUAGGUAAUUUUCCCCUUUUAUUCCCCUUUGGAAGGAGGUAUCUCAAUAGGUCGAACCUAUUUCAAUGUAUUUAGUUUAAAGGCGUAUGAAAUGCAUUAAUGAUCGCAAUUAUUGCGAAAAUAUUAUUUCUUUAGGUACUUUUAAUGAUAUUUUAACUUAUUUUUUGUGAAACAACUCUAUUUUCAAUUUAUUCUGUAAGAAAUUAGGUUGGUAAGUCUACGAUCUUUGCCCUUCUCCCCUCUGGUAUUCCUCCUUAUUUGUUUAUAAAUUAACUUUUUAUGUUUUAUUAAUAAAAUUAUUUUGUUUCGA